UGCACUGGUCGUUGUAUUGAUGUUGUGUCAAAGGGUUUGUACACAGUGAAGGGUGCAGAUCUUAAGGCGCGCGACGUGUCAUGGGAAGGGUGCUACUUCCAAUAACUCCCCGCGCGCUCCACCCGAUACAGACCGCCCUCUCUUUGAAACACGCUAAUCUGCCGGUAACUGAAAUAGCAACUUGGUACGAGUUUGCACAAAUCCCGUGAUUCCCUCUUUUUUGUUAUGCUUAGCAGUGUACUUAGGCAACUAGAACAGACCCAGAAGAAAACUCAAACCUCAACUUUGACUGGUAAAAUUCGCUUGAGGCCGUCAUUUUAACAGUGUUUGAUCCAAAGAAACUGACAAAAUGAGGGACAAAAAAAAAUCGGCCUUGAAAGUCUAUUUUACAGCUCACAACCUGAGCAAACUUAUUAAAUCAAGGAACAAAGUGGAGGCGAAAAGGUCGUGUUUUCGGCCAGUUCGAUGAAUUAUGAAGCAAUCGGGGUAUUUUGGCUACUGCGAAUGUUCUUCCAGCACUUUUCAUCAAUUUUACAAGUAUUCCACUUCUAUCCAGUUGUACACGCGAGGAAAUCGCGCGAGAGAGGAAACUGCGUGUGCGAGAAAUGUAACAGGCGUAAUGGCGAAUUUCCUGUCAAUGAGGGUUGUUUCAGUUUUAGGUCAGCUUGUAACACUGCAACCCUCUAAUACAAAAUGAAAAUAUAGGUUGACUUACCGAUGAAUGACCUACUUCAUCUUUUAUACAAAUCACAGCGUUUAAAUCCAUCUAUUAAAAUUAUCUAUAUUAAGUGGUAUCAUUGAUACUACCAUUUUGAAUUGUUCUCAGAAACUAUUGAGAAACACAGAACAACAGAUUUUGUCAACUUUGUAUGCCAUUCGACCGGUUUCAUCUGAUCACACAGACUUCAUCAGGGAUUGUAGGCAGAUUACUAAAGGUACUAGGUUUCUACUAAAUGUGUACAGUACAAAUCACGUUCAAAUUAUGGUAUGCCAACAGCAAAAUACUAACGAAGAAAUGCACACUCUGAGGCUAUUACGUUAAUCAGCGCAUUACUAAGUUCUGGGCUAGAAAAUCGAAAAUUAAAAUAAAUCAUUUUGUCGCUUUCCCUAACAGUUCCUCGGGUUUUGCCGCACCAAUCAAGUAAGGAUGUUGUUUAUUUGAGUCAUAGACUUCCGUGUAUACGGGUUCUUCGGCUGGACUCUUAAUGUCUGGCGCACAAUGCGACAAAACCACCGUAUCAGCGUGCGCAAAAAUGAUGAGGCAGUGACGGAAAUUAACAAAAUAAAACCGAUAACAAACUUUUGAAGAGCUUAUGUCCACUCUCAGUCAAAUUGACAAGUGAGACGAAGCUUAAACUAAAACUCUUCCGCAUUCCUGUUCGUUAUUUUAUACAGUUAAUUUUGGAAUUGAUCUCCCGGUUUGGCGGGGGAAUCCCCUAAUAUAUAGGUAUGAGCGACACCGUACAAUAUCAGUUUGAUUGCCCGUUUUGGUCUGAAACAAGGUAUAGAUUUUGACUAUUUUGGUCAGAAAUAGGGUAUAUUCUGCACCGCGGCUAAAAUCGCACAUAUCAUUUUAGAUGAAACUAGUAUUUCCCCCUCAUUAAGAUAGGUCAACUCGAAGUUCUUCACAAAUUAAAUCUUCAAGCACACAAAAAUCAGUCCUGUUUAGCUGAGGUCAAGUAUAAGAUACGCGUGGUAACUCUAGAGGCCGCAAAUAAGGUAUUAAUUUUUCGAGGCAGCUCUGAAAAUACGCCAAAAAAUAGCCCCAUUAAAACUUUCGGGCUAUAUCUCCUACCUGGGAUGGUUUUAUUCGUGACCGAUGAAGUUCUGCAUGGCGCUGCUGAAGUCUCCGCUAUAAGUUUGAUUUCCGGCGGCGUCUCAGCUAUCAGUUUAAAUUUCAGACUAUUUCUCAGCCAUAUCAGUAACGUUUCAGUGGCCAUCUCAGAUCCCAGCUAAAACGCGUCAUGUCUCAACUAACGGUUAAAUAUUUGAGUUAUCUUCAAUCCCAGCCCCACCCUCCCAGAUUACUUUCCAUUUCAAAACAAGUUUCAUCUCAGUCGGCAAUUUCCGUUUCGUAUUUCUUGUUCCGCUAUUGCUAAAUUGCAACACGUACGUCUGCUUUAUAAAAUGAGGGCCGAAGGAUAAAGCUAUUCAAAAUAUCGCCAAUCGAUCGAAUUUUACUCUGCUAAAGUAUGAGUGGAAGUACGCUGAUAGAAGCGUUUGGUGACAUUGUGUUCACGUUUACACGGAGUGUGACGGAGCAUUACAACCCAGAAGAACCUGAAUUCACGACGGAGUCUUUUGGCUACGAUCCUCUACAAAGCACAGGUCGAGAAUGGAAUUAUCAUCCUGUUACUGAGCUUAUUUACCAAGAGUACAGCGACAGACAACUCACCAGCGUUAACUAUCUGCUAGCGACUAGCAGUCUUAAGGUGAGAGUCAUAGAUGCUUGUAAACCGGAGGAAUGCGAAGAAACGGAAGAUAUUCAGCAUGAUGAAAACAAGGAAAUGGCUUGGAAGAGGCUUAGACCAUCCGCUCUUCGGACGGUUUUUAAAUCAAUGUACAUUGGAGCCUUGAUUUCACUUCUAACCGCCUCCAUGAUAGGUACAAUAUACUUAUUGCUGUCUUAUCUCAGCUAUAAAACCGUCAUGAAUUGUGAAUACCAAUCAGACAAAAUGGCAGUAUUCGUGCAGUGGACGAGAACAAUCGCCGAUAUAAUUAGCACCGCCUUCUAUUACAUUUGCCCAGUUUCGACUCUGUUCCUUCUUUUUCGCCCAUAUCAGCUAAACGGAGUUAAAAGGAAACUGAUUCUGGUCUCGUUCGUUAUGUACUGUUUAGAUUCACUCUAUCGCGGAGUCCUACAAGCCUGGGGAAAACCUUUCUUUAAACUUACUGGUUUAUUGAGCGCUUUGUCUGUUGGUCUAGUCUAUUUUUUCGUUUUCACGAAUGUCUGUUUGUUGUUCUAUUUCGCCGCAAAACACGUGUUAGUACGUCCAAAACCCAAGCUGGCAUUUCUGAUUUGUAAAAUGGCAAUGCCAACUUUUUGCGCUCUUAUCGCGGCCUUUGCCAUCAGGUUUUUCGUUUACCCAGCCUAUAUCAACGAAAACAAAGAAGGAAAACUUUUAAUCGCGCUCUUCUCUCCUCUCAUGGGUGUGGCUUUCAAAGCAGUCUCACGAAUUUGUGUUCAGCGGUUAUGGAACAUUACGCAUCCGGGAUAUUCCUACGUUCUACUUGCACCGUUGUAUUUUCUAUUAGCGAUAAUGUUUAGAAUUUUGCAAGCAGAUCUUGACAGUCUGAAAUCCAUCGCUAUUCUUGGAAUAAUUCAUGGUUUUGCGGAAGUCGUGGAACGCAGCACCGUGGUUGUCAUUGAUCACGUCUGUCAUCAAAUUUGCAGACGAGAGUCAUCUCCUUGGGGAAGUUUUCGUACUCCUCGCCGUGAAAGACUAAUGGCUGAUAUCGCUAUCAUGAGCAUGUUGUUUGAAUCAACUGCUAUAGUGUCUGUUAACGGCUUCUUACACUUGUAUCAAUGGAUUUUCUUAGAGGACGAUUCCCUUUUAAGCUUGCUGCAAUCUUUCGUUAUCCGCACUUCAGUUCCGCUGGUGAUCGAGUGGUUUUUCACCAGCGUGUCUCUAGCGAUCGAGACUCGGUAUCAGAAUAUGGCUGUCAUGGCUGUUUGGCGAAGACAGUGGAAAAGACACAUUUUAGUGGCAGUCAUUAAUGUUUUUCCAGUGGCUCUAUGGACUAGCGUUAAUCUUCUAGGAAUUGUACACGGGCGCUUUAGCAAACCUAUAAGUGAGCCCUGUAAAAUCCCGUUCAGUUAAAAUGAGGGAUUUACUGUGGUAGAACGGAACAUGAAGUGCCACUUUUGAGAGACCUUCGUCGUUCGAAGCGCGGGAGAAAUUUAAUUUUUUUGUUUUAUUUACUGCGGAUUUUAUCGUCCAUUCCAGAGUGCUCUGCAAGCUAUCACUGCGCGUGCAUGGCCAGAUGAGUAUACGUUUUUAUUUGGCGACGUUAGCGUCUUUUGGGAAUUGGUAGGGAGUUUAAGAAAACCACGACAGCAACGGCAACGAAAACGUCGCUAAGUACAUCUCAUUGAAAGUUUUUCCACAAUUUUAUUCAGUGAUACCACAGAGAUAAACACAAAAACCUCAUGCGGUAAUGACUGUCGAAGGUCAAAUACUUAAAAUAGUUU